AUGGAGGAAGACGAGCAGGCGCGGCCCGAGAGGAACAACAAGGAGAAGGUGCCGGUGCCCGAGCCGGAGCCGGAGCCGCCUCGGUGCGGCAGGCACCCGUCCCAGCUCCUCACGGGCAUCUGCUCCUCCUGCCUCAUGGAGCGCCUCUCCUCGGUGUGGGACCAGCCCGAGUCCGAGAUCGUCGAGGUCGCCGCCGCGGAGCCCGCCGAGGGCUCCGGCGCCGCGGACCGGGGCAGGCUGCGCAAGACACUCAUGCUGCUCUUCCAGCUCGACGACUCCACCGGCGGUGGCGGCGCGCGUCCGUCGGAAGGGCCGCAGUCGUUGGCGGAGUUCCAGUCGGGUUCCGGAGAAGGAGGUCGAGGGGGCAAGCGGAAGGGCCCCGGGUCGUGGCUCCGGUCGAUUCGUCUGCCGAGGGGAGCGUUGCGGUGGAGGAGGAAUGGGCCGGCGGCCUCUGCCAAGGAGCCGCCCUCGAUGCCGCCGCGCGGGGUGGCGGUGGCGGAUCCGAGCGCCAGCGACGACGGCGGAGCGCAGGUGGAGCGGAAGCCGAGCUUCCGUCGCUCGUGCGAGUGGAUGGCGUCCCGGGACCGGGACCCGAGCAGAGGCUCCCUGGAGCCGCCCCGCCACUCGUGGGACGGGUCGAUGGUGGGCAGGGCGUUCGCGUGCUCCUUCGCCUGCUUAGAGGAGCCGGAGCCGCCGGAGGAUGGAGCGAGGAGGGUGAGGAGCAAUGCGGAGGAAGCGGUCGGGGAGGCCCGCGCCGUGGCUGCUGAGAGCAGGAAUGGCGGGCACUCGGACUCGGCUGAUGCAGGGGGCGAUGGGCGGCGUCUGAGUCUCAGGGGAAGGAGCUCUUGUGACACUGGGAUGGAGAUGGCCGUCUCUGGUGUUGGGAGACGGAGGUCUAACAGGUGGAGCAGGUGUGGGAUCGGAGCAUAA